CAAAUCUGUAACAAACUGUAUCUAAGAAAGAACCAACGGUACGUACUCUUCGGCGACAAUGGAGAAGAGUAUCCAACGAUGUGUUCUCCUUGUGACCUUGUCUCUCUUCUUCUUCUCCUUUCCAGUAUCACUCUCUGUUCCAUUCGUUGUGUUUCACGGGUUUGACAAUGCAUGCUCCGAUGAACAAUUUAUAACCGUAACACAGUCCCUUAGCAACCUCUCCGGCCACCCUGGAUCUUGCGUGGAAAUAGGAAAUGGACAUCAAGAUUCCCUUCACAUGCCGCUUACGCAACAAGCGAGCAUAGCUUGUGAGAAAAUCAAACAGAUGCCAGAGCUGAGUGAUGGUUACAACAUUGUUGCAGCGUCUCAAGGAAACAUGGUCGCUAGAGGCCUAAUCGAGUUCUGCGACAAUGCUCCACCAGUCUUCAACUAUGUAUCUUUAGCAGGUCCUCAUGCUGGCAUUGCUGCAGUCCCUGAGCCGUGUAAUGUCCCAUUUUGCUGGCUCCUGAAGGCACUGUUUCCAUUUGUCUACAGCGACCUCGCUCAAGAUCUUGUUGCUCCAAGUGGUUUUGUCAAAGUCCCUACUAAAAUAGCAGAGUAUUUGGAGCACUCCAAGUAUUUGCCAAAGCUCAACAACGAGAGACCUGCCGAGAAGAGCUCUACUUUUAAAGACCGUUUCACCAGCUUGCAAAACUUAGUUCUCGUCAUGUUCGAAAAUGAUACAAUGUUGAUUCCAAGAGAAACUUCUUGGUUUGGAUAUUACCCGGAUGGAGCUUCCACACCUGUUUUGCCUCCUCAAAAGACAAAGCUCUACACUGAAGACUGGAUUGGUCUGAAAACCUUGGAUGAUGCUGGAAAAGUGAAGUUUAUUAGUCUCCCUGGCGGACACGUUGAAAUAACGAAAGAAGAGCUUGUAAAAUACGUUGUGCCUUACCUCCAGAACGAGUCUACGUUAUCUUCUGAACACGAGGCAAUGUAGACAUUUCCAUCUUGAACCCAUGAAUAAAAAAGGCCUCAUACUAAAAUAAGGUCUCUAUAACAAUGUAACAUCAUCAUCUAUGUAUUAUUGAAAUAAAAAAAAUAA